AUGCUUGUCAAAGUGAUUCAACUAGUUGCGAACUUUCUUAUCAAUAGAUAAGUCCAGGAUUAGAUUCUACAUGCUGAUUGCUAAAUUGUUAAUUUGCAUUUAUAAAAAUUUUCAAAAAUAAAAGCGAACUGUGUUAAAAUCUCUAAAGAAAACAAGCAAAGUUAUAAUUUAAAAAAGAGAAUCUUACAAGUUCAAAAGUAAAGAAAUCUAUAAAAAAAGAGUUUUUUUGAAUCAAAUACAAAUAAAUAUAGAUGGAUGAUUGGAUAUAAAUAAAUAAAUAUAAAUGAGAGUGAAAUGAUUAAAAUUGAACAAUUAACAAUUGGUCAAUUAAUAAUUAAUUAAAAAUGUGGAAAAUUAGAAGAAAAAUGA